AAAGAUUGUUUUGAGAAAAUAUUCUUAAAUCUUAAAAGAAUCCGCGUUCGGCGUUCCCUUAGUUAUCGACAGAGCAAAACCCCAAUUCUCAACCUGAGCGGAAAAAGGGAAAGAGCAAAUCGAGAGAGAAGGCCAUGGCUUGCAAUUCAGGAAAUUGCCAGUCCGGUUGCUACAAAGACGAAGAGGAGGGUGAGCUCCUACCCGCGGAGAAGAACCGACCUCCCAAUGGCAAUCCUCCCAGCCACCGGAUUCUCUGCGUCAAGUGCAAGGCCAACGCCGCCCUUUCCGGUGACGAUAGCCGCCACUGCUCCGACUGCUUCCGCAGCAAUCUGUACGGGAAGUUCAGGUUCGCGGUUACUUCCAAUGCCAUGAUUUCUCCAUCCGACAACGUUCUCGUCGCUUUCUCUGGCGGCACUUCUUCCAGGGUGGCUCUACAGUUUGUACAUGAGAUGCAGUGUAAAGCACUGAAGAAUUUUGAGGCAAGUAGGGAUAGAUCAUUGCCGGUAUUUGGUGUUGGAGUUGCUUUUAUUGAUGAAAGUACCGCCAACUCAACUUAUUUCCAUCAAAUUGACAAAGCAAUUGAAGACAUGAAAUUGAUUGUUUCAAAUUUAGCCCCACCAGCAAAAGAGUUUCAUGUUGUUCCAAUUGAAAGCAUAUGCUCUUUGGAAUUCAGAGAUGGGAGGGAUGGGUUGAAAGAGUUGCUUAAUGCCGUUACUGAUGUGACUGGGAAAGAAGAUCUGCUGCUGCACCUGAGGAUGUUGUCAUUGCAAAAGAUUGCCCUUGACAAAGGAUACACCAAACUACUUCUAGGCUCAUGCACAUCGAGGAUUGCAUCCCAUGUCAUUUCAGCAACUGUGAAGGGCCAAGGUUACUCCUUGUCAGCGGACAUACAAUAUGUUGAUGCAAGGUGGGAGAUCCCAGUGGUGCUUCCGCUUCGCAACUGUCUCACACAGGAGCUCAACAUGCUUUGUCGCCUAGAUGGUUUAAAAACUAUGGAGGUGCUUGAGGGCCCUCAUUCUGGCAUUAAUGGCUUGGUAUCAUCAUUUGUUAAGUUGCUGCAGUGGCUAAGGCGAUUGAAAUUGAAUAUCAAUUCACUUGCUAAGCAUCAUGGGAUUUGGUUUUCAGCCUUCUCUGCUCAAUGGUAUAGAGCAGAUGCAAAUUUACUACUGGAAGAAAAUCCUUCUCGGGAAUCCACAAUUGUAAGAACAGCUGGAAAGCUGAUUCCAUUUCAGUUCAACAAGAUUCCAGAUAACAAUGAGGAUAAUGUUUGUGUAGCAUCAUGGAGGCGUGUCAAGAAAUUCAAUUACAAACCUAAGGAAUCCAUUCCCCUGGAAUCACUUUGUCCUAUCUGCUGUAGUCCACUCAACAAAUCUAACUUGCCAAGUUUAAGCAGUUUUGGGAGUGGACAAACAAGUGCCAACAUCUUCAGGGCUGCCUGCUGCCCUAGUUGUCAAUUUCAGAUACUUCCAAGGGAUUCAUCAUUUACGGAGCAUUUUUGUUCACUUCUACCCAAGCCAGUGAUUGACCGAGCAAAGGAUGGUGGCUGUGGCAAUCAAAGCUGGCUAAGGGAGCAAAUACAAGAUUGCCUACUUUCAGAUGGUGAAGAUGGAAGCUGAAGCUGUUGCUUGCACCAGAAAUACGUUCAAGGGGAGGCUGUCUUCCAAUUUUUUGUUUUGCUUGAUUUGAAUGUUCAUUUGUUAGUGCUAUUGUACCUAUGAAUAAUUGUGCAGCUGCAAUGGUCUAAUGGCUUCCACUAAUAGUCACAGCAGCAUUCUUUUUGGUUUACAUAUCGUUUUCUCCCUUUCUGGUAUAGAUAUCGUCGAGUCAAGAAGCUUGAGUCAGCAGGAAUCCACAUCAUGCCGAGCGCAAUCCCUUGGUUGACAAACGUUCAGUACCAACAAAAGUUUUUUUCUGUACAACUUAGACUCCCUUUGAUGUCGAUCAAUUACCUAACCAAAAUCCUUCUUUUGAACUUGGCGGCCUUCGAAACAUGCUACAAUGUAGUGGAGGAAUCAUGGGUUACCUCCUACAUAUGCUUCAUGGGUUCACUCAUCGACGAUGUUGAAGACGUGAUGGAGUUGUGUUUGAAUGGCGUGUUCCAUAACUUGCCGGGGACCAAUAAACAAGUGUCGGACCUCUUUGACGUCUUCAUAGAUUUUCGGAUUAAUGGGGAUCAAACUGCUAGUCAUGUCAUUGAAGAGGUUCGACACUUGCUUAUUAGUCCCCAGCGAGUUAUGGAAAACGCCAUUCAAACACGACUCCAUUACGUCUUCAACAUCGUUGAUGAGUGAAUCCAUGAAACAUAUGUAGGAGGUAACCCAUGAUUCUUCCACUACAUUGUAGCAUGUUUUCGAAGGCCGCCAAGUUCAGAAGAAGGGUUUUGGUUAGGUAAUUGAUGGACAUCGAAGGGAGUCUAAGUUGUGUAGAGAAAAAACUUUUGUUGAUAGUGAACGUUUGUCAACUAAGGGGUUGCGCUCGGCAUGAUGUGGAUUCCUUCCAACUCAAGCUUCUCGACUCGACAAUAUCUAUACCAGAAAGGGUGGGAACGAUAUCUAUACCAGAAAAGGAGACACGAACGUAGGGCUAAUGUUUCAUAGUUUAAUUGAUACCAUGUAACUACUAUGCUUUGUGGGCUAUCUAGGGUUUUGGGAGAUGCUACUUAAUUUUUUUCCUGUAUUUUGUUUCCUUUUCAAAAAAUUUUUGAAAUAAUAAUUUAAUGUAAUUGUGAUUACAAUUAUUAAUAUAAAAAAUAAAUUUUUUAA